GGAAGUGGCCUGUGCGCGAACUCAUUUCAGGUUUGGCCCAAUACAUCCAUGGUUCCGGGCAGCAGUGUAUUUUGUCCCAAACAAAGUAGGACUUACGCCGCAGAGGCCGAAUGAUACCAACAGACUGAACCGGUUUUCAUUUGUUGUCUUUUUUUUUUUUUUGAAUCUCUGAAAUAAGUACUUUGAAGUCACCAGAAAUGGGUCCCGGAUAAAUGAAAGAAUAUUCCAGAAACACCGUGGACUACAGGGUUUGCGGGCAGGAGUUUAGCGGCCCGCGUCCGUGAAGGAGCUCAGCGGGCGGGAGAAGCACAAGGAAUCGCCGGCCAUUGUGGGUUAGGAACGGCAUUCAGUUCUCGCCAGAUUGAAGCUCCGUCCCCAUCCCUUACUAGCCUUCCUGAUUCUGUUCUGGGAGAGUUCAGACAAGUAUCAUCGCCAAGAUAGCCGGGCCAGGCAGGAAGAGGCACACCUCAGAUCCAGACCCCAGCAGCGGUAGUGAUUCCGGCGACGGGCGGCCUGUUAUUGCCAAGUGCCUGAAGAUGGCCAGCAGCGGUGGUAGUGGUGUGGCUGGUAGCGAGACAGUGGGCCGUCGUGGUGGGGCUCAGCAGAGAGGAGGCAGCGGGAGAGACAACAGCUCAGACCUGUCCUCCAGUACCAGUAAGAAGAAGCAGAAGGACAGGGCCAACCAGGAGAGCAGAGAGGCCAAGAGGGCAGCCGCUGCAGCAGUAGAUGGGGUUAUUGCAGAGGUCAAGAAAGAUGUGUUUGUGGACUGGAAGCAGAAUGUCAAUGAAGUGACUGUCAGACUGCGCUGUGGGGAGGGGGUGCAGAGGAUUGAGGAUAUCAUUACAACCUUCACUGAUACACACUGCCAUGUGUGCUUCCCAGAUGGACGGCAGUGGAGCUGCCAAUUGCAGGAGGAAAUUGAGGCUUCGUGUAGCAGAGUCCAGUACAAGGAAAAAGGAGGUUUUCUGCAUGUCAUAAUGCAGAAGAAGAUUCCCUUUCACAUCUGGCCUUCGCUUAAGUCAAACAAGAAGGAGAAGGAGGCAGUGCCCACAGAGACCAAAAAUGACAAGGAGCUGGAGAUGAAACCUGUUGCCUUGGAGUCAUCAGAGAAACCCAAACUGUCGUCCUUGCAGCCACAACUCCAGCCCCAGCCUCCCUCCUCACCUGCACACAGCGAGUCAAGACGCAGCGGUGGCAAAGCUGAGCGGGGUGUCAAGCGCUGCCUGAAAAACAAAGCAGCGUGUGAGGCCACUACGGACUCUGUAGGGGUGAAAGGUGGAGCGGGAGAUGGCUCAGUCACCACCAGCAAGCCUGUUAAAGUCACGAGAGGCGAGCAGCAGCCUCAGGAACCCAGUGCCAAGCGCACCGUUGUACGGCUGCCCAAGACCACCAAGGAGGCUACGUCACUGGCCAACACGGACACACACUCUGUCAAGUCUACAGUAGCCAAUGGUAAAGCUCCACACACACACCUGCCCGCUGGUCGGAGCCCGCAGAUGCAACACAAAGAUGGAGACAACAGAACGGGGAGACUAGGCAGUGGCCAGGAACAGAAACCAGGAGUUGCUGUCGCUGCUGCCAGCCAUAACAACAAAACUCAGGAUGCAGAGAAGCGAAACCAGUCUUCAGACAGGUCCGGAGCAACAGCACAUGGCAGUGAUAGCCAACCAGCAGCUCCCGUCAGCACCACUGACUGCCACAAAGCUGUCGGCUUGGACUCCGCUUCUCCAGAAAAGCUGGGAGAUAGAACUGACUCUGAGCCAGAGAAAAAGCCUGUUGGGCAGGAAUCAGAGCAGGAUUCUCUGAUCCGCCAGCAUCUUGGAUCAAGAGAGGCAGGUUCAGUACCAGCUGUUGGCGUGGCUGCCAAACAAGGCCAGUCACCCUAUCUAGCCCAGAGGCAGGGCAGCUGUGAUGGAGAGGAGAAGCAGGAUCAGUCGAAGGAGGAGCCUCCUCUUGAAAUGAAGCAACAAGAAGCCCCAGAGCAGAUGGUUAACCUGCAAUUUGUGAAGAAUGAUUCGUACGAGAAGGGUACCGACCUGAUGGUGGUUAAUGUUUACAUGAAGGGGAUAUGCAGGGACACGGCCAGGGUCAUCUUCAGGGAACAGGACUACACGCUCAUCUUCCAGACGAGUGAUGCUAACUUUCUGCGGCUUCAUUCAGACUGUGGACCAAACACAGUUUUCAAGUGGCAAGUCAAACUCAGGAACCUGAUCCAGCCUGAGCAGUGCAGCUACUCGUUCACCCCGUCCCGACUGGACAUCACCCUGAAGAAGAGGCACAGUCAGCGCUGGGGGGGUCUGGAGGCCCCUGCCACACAAGGUGCAGUGGGUGGCGCCAAGGUCGCUGUGCCAUCCAGCCCGACCUGCAUGGACAAGAGCCAGCCAGGCAGCAGCCAGCACACCCUCCCAGCCAAGGAGGAGCCUCCGAGGGUCGGGGAGGAGAAACCCAAGGCCCCUAAGGCCUCAUCCAGAGUGGAGGAUGGCGGUCUGGACACUGUGGCUCCUCGCACUGUCUCUGAGCAUGUUGCCAUCACCAAGCCAGAGCCCACUGUUACCACGCCUAAACCUACCUGCAUGGUGCAGCCCAUGACUCAUGCACCUCCUGCCAGCAAUGAGCGCCAUGAAGAAGAGGAGGAGAAGAAGGUGUGCCUGCCUGGUUUUACAGGAUUGGUCAACCUCGGCAACACCUGCUUCAUGAACAGCGUCAUCCAAUCCCUGUCGAACACCAGAGAACUCAGGGAUUACUUCCAUGAUCGAGCAUUUGAGGCAGAAAUCAACUGCAAUAACCCACUAGGAACAGGAGGCAGGCUCGCCAUUGGUUUUGCUGUGCUGCUCAGGGCCCUUUGGAAGGGAACACAUCAUGCCUUCCAACCCUCAAAACUCAAGGCGAUUGUGGCCAGUAAAGCCAGUCAGUUUACAGGUUAUGCCCAGCACGAUGCCCAGGAGUUCAUGGCUUUCUUGCUGGACGGGCUCCAUGAGGACUUGAACCGCAUUCAGAAUAAACCUUACACAGAGACGGUCGACUCAGAUGGACGACUGGAUGAGGUGGUGGCGGAGGAGGCAUGGCAGAGACACAAAAUGAGAAACGACUCCUUUAUAGUGGAUCUCUUCCAAGGCCAGUUCAAAUCCAAGCUUGUCUGCCCCACAUGUUCCAAGGUGUCUAUCACCUUCGACCCUUUUCUCUACCUGCCUGUGCCCUUGCCCCAGAAACAAAAGGUGCUCUCAGUUUACUACUUUUCUAAGGAACCUCAUAAAAAAACCAUCAAGUUUUUAGUGAGUGUGAGCAAGGAGAACUCCAGUACUGCUGAAGUCCUCGAAUCCAUCUCCAGGAGUGUCAGGGUCAAACCAGAGAAUCUCAGACUGGCAGAGGUGGGGAAGAACCGCUUCCAGCGCAUGUUCCUGCCGUCCCAUUCCCUGGACACGGUGUCCUCCUCUGACAUGUUGUUCUGCUUUGAGGUGCUUUCCAAAGACAUUGCCAAAGAGAGAGUGGUAUUGCUCAGAGUGCAGCAGAGACUCCAGGUCCCUAAUAUCCCUAUCUCAAAGUGUGCUGCCUGCCUGAAGCCUCCAGUGUCUGAGGAAGACAAGCUGAAGCGGUGCACUCGCUGCUAUCGUGUGGGCUACUGCAAUCAAGUGUGUCAGAAGACCCACUGGCCCAAUCACAAAGGUCUGUGUCGACCCAACACAGAGAACGUGGGCCUGCCCUUCCUGGUCAGCGUGCCAGAGUCUCGACUCUCCUAUUCCCGUCUCACCCAACUAUUAGAGGGUUACUCCAGGUUUUCCGUAAACGUGUUCCAGCCUCCUUUCCAGUCAGGCAGGUUAUCCCCCGAAUCAUCCCAGUGCCGGGUUGACCUCCCCCCAAUGCCAGCAGGCUCUCCUGAGGGUCUUGGGCCAGGGGAUGAGGCCAUGGGUGGAAGCAGUACUGUAGGAGUAGGUGAUCUGGAGCUGGAGAGUCACUCGCUGCUUCCUGAAUCCCAGGCAGAGUAUGCUCAGGCCUCAGCCCUCCACUCUGGGGAGCCAGAUACCCUCUCCUCCCAGACCUCACUCUCCACCACGCGGACCACGGAUUCAGGAUUCUCUGAGCCAAUCUCUUCUACUUCCUGCUGCUCUUUGGACCCUCAUGCUGAAAAAGAGACGUCCUGUGAGAAGGCAGUACGGCCAGAAGCUGCAGUAACAGGGUAUCAGCAUCCAAGUGAAUCAGCAUCAGGUCAUGCCAGUCAGUUCUACAUAGCUCUGCUGGACUCUAACAACAAGGAACAGAGGCUGGAUGAGAAAGAGGAUGCAUUGACGGACCUCCCUGAAGACUCGCUCCUGGAGCUGGUGUGGAAAAACAAUGAGCGUCUGAAGGAGUACGUCCUGGUGAGCUCCAAGGAGCUGGAGUAUGAGGAGGACCCCGGCUCUCUGAGUGAGACAGCCAGAGCAGGACACUUCACCCUGGAGCAGUGCCUCAACCUCUUCACAAAGCCAGAGGUUCUGGCACCAGAGGAGGCAUGGUACUGUCCAAAGUGCCAGCAACACCGAGAGGCCUCCAAGCAACUGCUGCUGUGGCGUCUGCCCAACGUUUUGAUCAUCCAGCUCAAACGCUUCUCCUUCAGGAGCUUCAUCUGGAGGGAUAAGAUCAAUGAUAUGGUUGACUUUCCCGUCAGGAAUCUGGAUCUGAGUAAGUUCUGUAUUGGCCAGAAAGAUGAGAUGCAACAACCCCCUAUCUACGACUUGUAUGCAGUCAUCAACCACUAUGGAGGAAUGAUAGGAGGCCACUACACGGCAUACGCUCGCCUGCCCAGUGACAAGAACAGCCAGCGCAGUGAUGUUGGCUGGCGUCUGUUUGAUGACAGUACUGUGACAAUGGUGGAGGAGAGUCAGGUGGUGACGCGCUAUGCCUACGUACUGUUCUACCGACGACGAAACUCCCCCGUGGAGAGGCCGCCACGCUUUCUCAGGCCUGUAGGAGCAGAGUCGCCCACUGCUGCAGGAGCUACUGCCAGCCAGGCCUCUCUAAUAUGGCAGGAACUGGAGGAAGAAGAGGAAGGGCUCGACGAAGGGCCCCGCGGACUGUUCCGCUCUGCGCUGCGGAGGGGACAAAUGGCGAGGAACAGAGAUGAGGAAGACGAAGACAGAACUGAAGGGUCUGCGCGACGACACCGCAGGCAGACGAUGUCGGACUAUCCCGACGAUGACUGUGUGCGAUACUUUGUUCUGGGCACCCUGGCAGCCGUGUUUGCUCUGUUCGUCAAUUUGGUCUACCCUCUUCUUUAGAAAUCCAACUGGACCUGAGCGGUGGCUAGUUGGUGUCUUGCUUUGACCUGGGCAUUCAGAAAUAUGAAUGUGAGGCUGGUCAAACAAGGAGAGGUUAGAUAGGAAACUUGGGAAGAGGCAGUUUAAGUUUUAAUACUUACCCCUCCUCUUGAGUAAGAACUGAGUAAGUCAUACAUUAAUGGUUGUCCAUUCUACCCAACACUACAAAACAUGAAGUGUAUGUUUAACUUUACAUGGCUCAACCCUUUAAAAUACUUGGGGCACUAUUUCUCACAUGAAAACACACUGAGUUUAAUGGGACAGCUAAAAUGUCCCCGUCAUCCAUAAGAAAACCUUGUAGUUAAAGCUGCAGCAGAAUGAUACUCUCAGCAUACAGUGGCGGUAUAUUGAGGGUAAACUAUUCACUACACUGCCUCUUUGCAUUGUAUCGACUCUUCCAAUGUACUUUUGCUUUUCAACAAUUUUGCUGGUGUUUGAAAAUAAUUCUCAGAUGAUGAGCUCUGACAGGCUUAAUCACAUACACUAAUAUUUAAUCCUGGAGCUACAUAGUUUAGUGUGAAAGUUCAUUCUUGACCUUUGAAACAGUAGUUGGACAAAACAAAAAAUCUUAACUUAAGGACCAGGAAGGCCACGAGAUAUGGUUCAAAGCUCUGAGAAAAGCUAAAGUAAGUAGACCUCUUUAGUUAAGAUUUUUUGUCAAAGAAACUAUAUAGUUGUACAAUAAUGUAUUAAAUGCUUAUAAGCUGAGAAUUGUGGCAAAAUGGUUCUAGUACAAAAAGAAACUUGCUUUAGAGCUACAGAGGAAGCCACUGUUAUGGUCCUUCUUUUGUUUUUAUUGCACUACACUUGUAAGAAGAUAAGAUUGUAAAUUCCUGCAGUACAAAUGUAUAUGUGAGAAGAGGCACUUCAACAGUGACACAUUUUCAAACAUUAGAUCAUGAAGCAAGGAGAACGCUUUGUUUUUUGUGUGACCAAUUGCUGUUGCCUUUUUAUGUCCUUAAAUAGAAAACAAAUUGAUUUACGGGCCUUAAAAUUGCUGUUUGUGUCCGGCCACCAUCGUGUUUUUUAAAUGGCUUCUUUCAGUAGUAUGUACUGAAGUUAACUGUAUUUUGAUAUUUUUAUUUUCCAUAGUAUUGAAAUGCUUGUCAAAAGUAUGUAUUAGUUGGUUUUUAUUUAACAUUUUUAAGCCAUAGCCAGGUGAGGGUUUAUAAUUCUCAGGAUGAAAUGUAGUAAACAAUGACAUGUUGCUCUCUGUCUUUUUUUUUUAAAUCCUACAAAAGAAGAUGAGAAAUUUUCUGACAAUACUGUCUUGUCACAGCCCAGUUAAACUAGGAGUUUGCAAUUAUUAAUUAAGGAAUAACCGUCCACCUCUGAAUGUAAUGUUUUUCGAUGUGUUACACUGUUUGGAGUGGAAAGCUCCAGAGUUAUUGAUUAUGGACAGUUUUGGAGCUGUAAAACAUUGAAUUUGAAUUGAACUGUGUACAGUUCUACCUGUAAAGUAUUUUGAUAUUGUCUUCAUGAAACAGUCAAUUUCUUGUUCAUUUUUGCUUUAAUUUAAAAAAAGAUCUGGAUGGUUUUAUUGCAGCAGCAGCAGUUAAAAUAUGAAGGGUUUUUAACUCCUUUUUAAAGUCUUGAACACUUUCUGAGACUCCAAACUGUCCAUAGAUCAUUUCUUUACUCGGCUUCCUCAGUGAUUGUGAGUGUGUAUGUGGGUCUCAGGGAAAUCCCAGUGCUCUACCUGUUUGCCUUAAAUGCUCGGCAUAGCUCAGAGCACCGUCAGACUGUGUAUACUUGACUCAGAUAUAUGCAAGGCUGAAGUCCCUCUAGUUUUAAGAGUUUGUGAAUUGUAUGAAAUCUCCCGGUACCCAACAUAAACAGCAGCAGUGGGUGGGAUCAGCGGAUGUUAAACUCAGAUCUAACAGUUGAGGUUGAACUUAAAGGGGUUUUCGGCACACACUGCGCUGAUUUUAAACAUCUAAAUGCUUUUGGGUUUUUGUUAAGUUGACUGGAUUUAAAUUGACCUGACUGAAGGAUGGAACUAUGUAUGUGUGUAGUCUGCUAUAAAAAGUUAAUUGGAAUAAUCAUGACUUGUAUUUUGUGAGGAAAUUAACUAAGGUCUCUAUAUGAAAUAUACUGAUUAAAAUUAUUGCAAGUACUGUAUUUUUAAGAAAAUCAUUAUCAUUUUCAUUUCCCUGCAAUAAUGUGUCUAGAUACCUCCAUCUAAAUGCUGCUUUCUAAGACUUUUGGAAAUAAAAUCUCCAUCUGUUUAUUCUGUUUUGUAUAUUAUUAAUGUUAUGUUAUGUCCUCAUCGUUUUCUCCAAACAGAUGAAAUCUUCCAGAUAACUAAACCAGCAUUAUUUACCGUUAACACUGGUUUAUUUUACAGGCCUCUAGCCAAUCACUGUUUGGGACAGACCUGGAUCCUGAAGGACCACCUACGUUGACCCCAGAGGUUCCCUCUGACCUCUUCGCCCACUCGGGAGAGUGCGCCGUGCCAUCCUACAGCAACAUGGAGGAGGUGGACUAGUCAUGGUGAGGACUAAAGGAACUACAGAUCCGAGCUGGUGAUCCAGGGAGGUCCCAAGUGGAAGCUACUCCUCAGCUAAAGACACUUCAGUGCUCUCUAAUUACACCGACAUCUGAAUCGGGUGUCAAAACAACGCCACAAUGCUAGAAGAUCUGGAGGUGGUCUUUGAGGAUUCGACUGCACUCGUCAAAGACCUUCAGAUGCACAUAGAGACGUGUACUCAGUACUAACUAAACACUCACAUCAUUGAUAUACUCACAUUAAUAUACUUACCCAUUGAUAAACACUUAACAAGCUGUAUAUGUAACUAUAUUCAUCCAGUCCAUAUAGAAACACACACACACACACACACACACACCUACACCUAUAAUCUCGGAGCUCCUGUUAGCAGCUCAUUAUAAUCUGCUGCUACACAAGUUCAUCCUCAACCACCUAACAGAGUUCAGUGGAGUGCCUGCCAGGCUUCCACGCACCAACGCACCUUGUGGUCUGGUUUCAAGCUAAAAACCUCACUGCUAACCUUGACCAGACCUGUUAAUUCCUGGCUAAAACUACAGUCGAUUCAUUAGGGUACAUUUUAGGAGCUUGAGUGAAGAUUGUUGUAAUGUGUGUAAAUCUUUUUUUUUUUUUUUCUUUGUUUUGUUUUUUGAGGUAUUGCCUGGUUUGAUUCGUUUGUGCCAGGCUGUUCUGUAACUUGGAUUGGAAUUGUAGCAACUGAUGUAAAGGAAAAAAACGAGACUGGUGCUGACCUGCUACUUUUUAUUAAUACAGGGCACACGCAAUUUGUUUGUUUUUUGUUUUUGUUUUUUUGUCGCUUUAUAAACUUCAUUUGGCUUCUGUUGAUGUAUCGUAUUAUUAUAUUUCUCAUUAUUUGUAUUGAUGCAAUUGUCAAAGGCUUUCAGUAUAAACUGAAAUGUGCAUGACUGCAUGCCCCUCCCCCCCCAAAAUUUUGCUACAUUUUAUUGUUUCAGUUUUGCGUGAGUUGUCCAGUCUCACCCCUCCCCUCCUUUGUAAUGGACUGCGUGUAUAAAGUGGGGAUCAUUAAGAAUACUGCUGUGGAUACAUAUAAAUGGUUAAUAUAAAUAAAAACAAUUUUGGGAACUACUGA